AUAAAGAUCUACACAUGGUUUUUAUUGAUUUGGAAAAAGCUUAUGACCGUAUACCAAGAGAAGUGCUUUGGAAAGCGUUGGAAAAAAAGGGAGUACGGAUUGCUUAUAUUAAAGCCAUACAAGAUAUGUAUGAGGGGAUAAAAACUAGUAUAAGAACGCCUAGUGGUCAAACAAAGGAUUUUCCUAUAAAGAUUGGACUAUAUCAGGGAUCAUCUCUGAGUCCUUAUUUAUUCAACUUGAUUUUAAAUGUUUUGACGGAACAUAUUCAAGAGGAAAUCCCGAAAUGUAUGCUCUUUGCGGAUGAUAUAGUUCUUAUAGCAGAGACAAGAGAAAAGGUUAAUUGCAAACUUGAGUUAUGGAGGAGGACAUUGGAGUCGAAAGGUUUUCGUCUGAGUAGAAGUAAGACGGAAUAUUUAUAUUGUAAAUUUGGUAAAGGACUAUUCGAAAAUAAUUUGGAAGUGAAAUUGGGAGAUCAAAUUAUACCUCAAGUGGAAAAGUUUAGAUAUUUGGGAGCCAUUAUUCAAAAUGAUGGCAAAAUCAGUGGAGAUAUUUCACAUAGAAUUCAAGCUGGGUGGUUUAAUUGGAGAAAAGCUAAAGGAGUUAUUUGUGACCGUAAGGUGCCUAAUAAACUUAAAGGAAAGUUUUAUCGUACUGCUAUCAGACCGGCAAUGUUAUAUAGUAGUGAAUGCUGGGCUCUAACGGGACAGCAAGAGCAUAAAGUUGGAGUAGCAGAGAUGAGAAUGUUACGAUGGAUGUGCGGACAUAUACGUAAAGAUAAAAUUCGAAAUGAGCACAUACGUGAAAAAGUGAGGGUGGCACCUAUUGAGGAAAAAAUGGUAGAAAAUCGGUUGAGAUGGUUUGGGCAUGUACAAAGAAGACCAAGGGAGGCACCAGUGAGAAGAGUGGAACAUAUAACUUUGAGUCCGAUUAAGAGAGGUAGAGGAAGGCCUAAGAGAACACUCUUGGAAGUUGUUGAACGUGAUCUCUUAAUUAAUAAUAUUUCUAAAAGCUUAAUAAAUGAUAGAGCACAAUGGCGUCUUGCAAUCUAUGUAGCCGACCCCACCUAGUGGGAUAAAGGCUUGUU